AUGGCCGACCUCCCACCGCUAUCGACGAUCCCUUCCCUUCCCCGCGAGACCCAGUUGCGGGUGCUCGAUACCCUCUUUGAACCCUCCCCAGAGCUCCACCGACUGAUGAUCCCUGUACUGGCCAACCAGACAUUCUCCUCUUAUACAGCUCUGAUCGAUGCGGUAGGAGGUCGCAUGUCCGCGCUCUCAGCCCCGGAUUCCCCAACCGACCGAGAUGUGCUCUUUGGUAUCUUGGGAUCGCAUCCGCGACUGGGCCGGGCCCCGACCAACCCAGAGCAUUUGAGCGAAUUGAGCAAGAAAGAACAGGCCCAAUUGAACGAAGGCGCAGAAGAACAAGCAGAGAAAUUACGAGCAUUGAAUGCGGAAUACGAGGAGAAGUUUCCAGGAUUGCGAUUUGUCACAUUUGUCAACGGCCGCAGUCGCGACGUGAUCAUGGUCGAAAUGCGCCAACGCAUUGACCGCGCUAAUGCGGAGAAGGAGAUCGAAGAGACGAUUCAGGGAAGCGACAAUCUUCAUCUCCGAGUCGCGACGACCCCCGCGAUAGCCGAACCCCCUCUCAGAGCCUCGACAUUCCCUAACUCGGCCUUAUCGGAUGUCGCAUCGGGCUCAGCCCAUAGUCUCCACGAUGCCCGGAAUACCAGACGCUCACCAAUCAUUGGUGGCCCUGUACGAGCUUCAACGACGAAUACUUUCUACGAAACCAGGACCGAGUCCAGUGCUAUAGAUCCAUUGUCGCAGCACAUUAUCCAACGCACGAAUACCCAAAAAUCCAUUCCCCUGAAAUUACUGGGGAAGGCCUCAUAUGAGGCUGAGGCCGUGGGCUCCGAUUACAGUCAGCCAGAGCAAGGCUCAGCACCGGGGGAUUCAUCGCCUAUCUCCAAACCUUCAAAGGAGAAGAAAAAAGGCGUCUCCUUCCUCAGCCGAAUCAUUGGAACUAAGAAAAAAGAUCAAGUGUCGGAUGCAGAAGAUGAGAUUUCAGAGCCCGAAGCUGGCCGCAUGUCCAUCGACACUUCAAAUCCGAUUGGAUUCAUACCUCGGCAUCCUGCUCCGUCUAAAUAUUUGAAAGUACGAGCGCAUUACAAAAAGGAUAAGACAUUCGACCGCGUGUUCCUAGCUCAGGAAUUGGAGGGCAGCAGCCCAUCACCUCAACCCGCAGAUAGACGGAUAUCCGGGGCGUCCGCCUUGACGCAGAAUGGUGAAAACACCGGAAAGGCUGUCUGGGCACUUCUGUUCUCUAAAGAUGGUAAGUACCUCGCGGCGGCAGGCCAAGACCGAAAGGUUCGCGUUUGGGCCGUCAUCUCAACACCCGAGGAGCGCGAGGAUGCCGAUCGCGACGAAGAGGCGACACCCGUCGACGCACAGGAACAUAUCCGGCUGAGCGCGCCUGUGUUCCAACCCGAACCUAUUCAGGUGUAUGAGGGACAUACGGGAAGUAUAUUGGACCUGAGCUGGAGCAAAAACAACUUCCUUCUCUCCUCGUCAAUGGACAAAACAGUGCGAUUAUGGCAUAUCUCUCGACCAGAAUGUCUAUGCUGUUUCCAGCACAGUGAUUUCGUUACCUCGAUUCAAUUUCAUCCUCGUGACGACCGGUUUUUCCUUGCUGGAUCUCUCGAUACGAAACUGCGACUCUGGAGUAUCCCGGACAAGAGUGUGGCUUUUGUGACUGCUGUACCUGAUAUGAUUACUGCGGUGGCAUUUACCCCGGAUGGCAAAUACUCCAUUGCCGGAUGUCUGAAUGGUAUGCUUAACAUCUAUGACACCGAGGGCCUGAGAGUAUCGGCCCAGAUCCAUGUACGAUCAGCCCGCGGGCGUAACUCGAAGGGUAGCAAAAUCACUGGCAUCGAUACGAUGGUGGUUCCCAAAAACGAUUCCCCGGGUGACACAGAGGGCGAUAUCAAAUUACUGGUUACCAGCAACGACUCCCGCAUCAGGCUGUACAACUUCCAGGAUCGAACUUUGCAGGCCAAGUUCCGAGGGAAUGAGAACACCUGCAGUCAAAUCAGAGCGACAUUUACUGAUGACGGCAAGCACAUUAUCUGUGGAAGUGAGGAUCGCAGAGCAUACGUGUGGCCAAUCGCGUCUGUAGAACGAGAUUCCGAAAGGCGCGCUGUGGAGGUGUUUGAGACACAAUCUGCUAUAGUAACAGCUGCAAUCACGGCACCGGUUCAGACUAAGCAGGUCCUGGCACUAUCAGAAGACCCCAUAUACGACAUUUGCAAUCCUCCCCCGGUGGCUCUAGUUGGCCCAGACGCAGCGAAUUCCUCAAGCCGACCAGGUUCAGGCAGAGGAAUUGGGGAAACCCACAAACGCUCUUUCUCAACCCCUCGAUUUUCCAUAAUCAGCAAAAUGGCCCACGAAUCCCCCUCAUAUCUUGCACGGUCCAAGCAUCCAGGCGGAGAUAUCAUCGUGAUCGCCGACUAUUCUGGCAAGAUCAAAAUUCUCCGGCAAGACUGCGCAUAUCAAAAACGACGCUUUGAAAACUGGCACGUCAACUCUACAAUUUCUCGGCGCAUUCUAGGACGCUCGGACUCCGCACGCCGCAGCACUGGCUCCUCAAUCGGAAAGGAAUCCUCGCACAAGACCCCAUCCGAGCGCAUCAUCUCCUGGCGCAAUUCUGUCGUCCGCCACGGCCGCUCCAGUACGGAAGGCUCCCGCCCCGGUCUCCGAACCCGCAGCCCAUCUCCACAGCAUCGUCAAGCGACCUUCAAAUUAACCUCAUCCCGGCCGUCCAGUCUUGGUCCAAACGAAUCAUUAUCCGGCUUCACUACAUCUCCACCCGCAUCCCCGCACCGAGCCCGCCUCCACAGCACACGGAACAGCGAAGAGAUGAGCCGAACAAAUGGAAACAACAAUACCAUCGAUUCCAAACUUGCAUCAAACGCUAAAAGCGCGACCGAAAAACUCGCCACAUGUUCUGCAGAUCUCCUAGCCAGCGGCAACACACAGGACAACCCACUCUGGCUCCAGGGUGACCAUAGCUAUGUGUACUGGAACAAGAUCACGCACGACGCACUGGCCAUGCGGUCCCGCCACUCGGGCGACCUGCUGAGACCAGAUAGCAAUACGCAAGAUCGCAGAGUGAGUAUGGCUGGCAGUAUCCUUAGCAGCGACUGUACAUCCUCGAUGGGGGAUGCUGAGGAUGACCUGCGGAAGUGUGAUAAAUGUCGGGGAACGAGUUUCCGCAGCGUCAAGGGGAGGGAUGGAAAGCAGAAACUCAUCUGUUCGGAGUGUCUCCGGCCGGUUUCUUGA